CUCACAAAAAUAAACGUAAAGACAACAAUAUAGGCCUUACUGUUGCUGUACUACAUGGGGAAAUAAUUACCGUUGCGGUCAGUGAAGCGACGUAAUUUGACGUUUUUGAACGUUAUUCAUGACAGUAGCGCGACAUAUCUUAAUAUUAUAUUGGCAAGCUACCUCGGUAACAAACGGCUACUUCGGGCGAGUAAAGUUUUUGGACGCUGUCCUAAUGGAUUACAUUUUUUGAAGGCAAUAAAACAACAUAGAAGUAUUUGACCACAACAAGAACAUUGCAGAAUGGGUGAUAAACUAGAGCUACGUCUACGUGACGUAAAACCAAAUAGUGACCAUGUUAACAACGGAAAUGCCCAGCACGAGGUCAAACCGCAACAGGCAGACGCUGAACAAGAUGAAAACACUGACGGUAGAUGUUCUCAACUUCAGGACAGUUGUACAGCCUGUUGUAUCCCCUGCCUUACCAGACAUAACCCCCUACCAGAAAAUGCAAAUAUUUUCCAGAAAAUACGGCAUGGGUUUAUGCUACCACCGCAUGGAAACAUAGCUUCGUAUUUCCAGUUUGCAGUCGUAUGUUUACAAGUAUGGAUAAUCCUUUACGCUUGGACAAAUACCGAGGCGUUGCCAGGGGGCAAUUAUUUCUCCCUUCUUGUUUUGUUUAUUUGUUGUGCUAUUGGAGGCUACCUUAUCUCGUUCAUCAACUUACCUCCCCUGCUUGGAAUGCUAAUAAUGGGUCUUUUGUUAAGGAAUUUACCUGUUAUUAGAAGUGUUGGUGACAAUAUUGAUGGGAAGUGGUCUGCAGUUUUAAGGAAAGUUGCAUUGACUGUAAUUUUGACGCGUGCAGGCCUAGGACUGGAUAUAGUUAAGCUUAAGAAACUGUCGUGGGCGGUGCUUCGCCUCGCUUUCAUCCCGUGUGCUGCAGAAAUAGUUACAUCUGCGGUAGUCUCCCGCUUCCUGCUAGGUUUUCCAUGGGCUUGGAGCUUAAUGCUAGGGUGCAUUAUGGGAGCAUUAUCACCGGCUGUAACAGUUCCCUCCCUUGUCAGCCUGCAAGAUCGUCGAUAUGGCGUUGCUAAGGGAAUUCCCACAAUGCUUCUCGCUGCUGGUGGCCUUGACAACGUCCUCUGCGUGACAGGAUUCUCGGUUUUCUUUGGCAUUAUCUUCUCAGACAGUGAUUUGGUGGUAACAAUAUUCAAAGGUCCUAUCGGUGUGUUUGUCGGCAUAAUUUAUGGGUUUGUUGCUGGCAUCUUCCUCUGGUACAUUCCCGCGAAGGACUGCGUCAACAAAGUUUUCUUUCGAUCAAUGUUACUUCUUGGUGCCGGAUUGGUAGCUCUGUUUGGUAGUUCAGUAAUCAAGCUUUCGGGAGCUGGACCUAUAGGUUGUCUCACCACAUCAACGGUAGCAGCGUACAAGUGGCGUCAGAGAAGGCAGCCAGGAGAACCAGACGAAGUUGCAAGCGUUAUGGCCUUGGCCUGGUUAAUUGUACAACAUUUUCUCUUUGGCCUUAUUGGUAGCGCUGUUGAUGUUAGCAAAAUUCAGUCUAGUACCGCUGGUCUUGGUAUUGCAACACUUGCCAUUGGCCUUGCUGUCAGGAGUGUGCUAUCAUUUACCGUUACCAUUGGAACCGGUUUUAACAUCAAAGAACGAGUGUUUGUUACAUUGACAUGGCUCUCAAAAGCUACCGUACAGGCAGCUACUGGUGGACUGGCUAUUGCUGAAGUCAUGCUUUCAGACAAACCUGAUCCCGAUGAUGUGAAGUACGGUACAGAUGUACUAACAAUAUCUGUACUGGCAAUUAUUAUAUGUGCUCCUAUUGGAGCAACUCUGAUGGCUGUGCUGGGUCCAAAAUUCCUGGCACUUGGUGAUGAUGAAGACGCCGAAGCCGAAGUAACCAAAGAUGAUGUUAAGACGGAUCAACACAUAGUAACUGAAAUAGGCGUGCCAGAAAUCACUCCAACAGAAAUCAAACCAAUCGAAAACAGUCAGUUUAAGUCCGAAUUGUCUCUUACACUACAAAAUCGCUCAUCAAAAUUAAGCCUCAAUGAUCUAGAUCAGGUGGACACGCACUCUCUAGAUCAUGCGGACACAGAUAAUGCUUCCAACGACGGUGAUCAAGGUGGUUUCGAGAAUCCCGCUUAUGAAGGAACAACUGACGAUGAAAUAUUCUCAGAAAAUACUGAAGAUAAUGAUAUAGACACCUCUGAAACAAAUGAUAUUGUUGAAAGUGUUGAUCAGACAUUCUCAGUUAUUGAUAAACUAGAAGCUGGUGACAGCAAACCUGACAAAGAAGAAAACAAUGACAUUAAAAUUGACUCAUCCUCAAAUUCGGAAAUAAAAAAAGCAGAGGAAAAUGGAGGAAAGUUCAUUACCAUAAUUAAAACACCUUCAGUUAAUGACAUGAUUGAAAAAUAAAAUACCUUCUUGAAACAAUUGAUAUUGAAUUACAUCAGUUUGAGAUCAACCAUUUUCAUUUGAUUGACUGCAGGUAAGGGGUAAGAUUAACACAAGGCAAAAAUAAAAAGCGAAGCGAAAUUUAUUCUUCCUCAUAUUCCGAAGUAAUUACUCAAGUCUGAAAAGAUUUGUUUUGCCACCAAAAUUUAAAAAGCUUCGAUUUAUAAUGCGGAUAAGAAGCCAAUGAUUUUCUUAAACCGACAAUACCAAAAGUUAAUGGAAUCCGAGUUGGAAGAAAGUGAACAAAGAAUAAGCAAUGCAUUUACUCUUCCUUGCGACAUUGCAACAAGGAAAGACAGCCUAUGCAGUUAAUGAUGUUGUUAGAUGAUUUUUAUUUGAUGCUGUUAUUGCCUGACUUGUAA